AUGGGGAAUGGACUGUCAGACCAGACUCCCAUCCUAUCCAGCCUGCAGCCCUUUCAGUCCUUUCACAUUGUUACUCUGGGUUUGGACUGUGCUGGAAAGACAACAGUUUUAUAUAGGCUGCAAUUCAACGAACUUGUAAAUACCGCACUUACCAAAGGAUUUAACACUGAGAAAAGUAAGGUAACCGUGGGCAAACCGAAAACAGACACUUUUCACUUCAAAGAUGUAGGUGGGCAAGAGAAAUUAAGACCACUGUGCACAGAUGGCAUUGCAUUUGUGGUGGACUCUGUCAAUGUUGAGAGAAUGGAAGAAGUCAGAAGUGAGCUUCAUAAAAUAACUAAGAGAUCAGAAGUCCUUGUUCUUACAACUGCUAACAAACAAGACCUGAGGAGCUCUGUCUCUCUCUUUCUCUCUGAGAAGUUUUUAGCAGUGUGGGAACUGAGCUCAUCUACUCCUUGGCAUUUGCAGCCCACCUGUGCAAUCCUAGGAGAUGGGCUAAAGACUUGA